AGUUUUUUUCACUUAUGUCCUUUGUAAGAAGGUUUACAUCAUUCAGAAGUUUAGAACUGAAAUGUGCAAAGGUUUUUAUUCUUCUAAACUGUGAAUAUUUGUUAUCAAUCAAACAGUGUGCUUUGGGAAUUUGGGGAUAACCUUCUGAGCUUUGCUUCUCAAGGAAAGGGAGCCCAAAGCUCCUCUAUUUUAAGACUUUUCAUGUGAACAUUUACAGCUGUAAGCAGAACUACCCUCUAGAGCAGGGGUCCCCAACCUCCGGGAUUUAAUGCCUGCUGAUCUGACCUUGGAGCUGAUGUAAUAAUAGGUAUAAAGUGCACAAUAAGUGUAAUACACUUGAAUCAUCCUGAAACCGUUCCUCCUGCCCCCACCCACCACCAUCUGUAGAAAAAUUGGCUUCCAGGAAACUGAUCCCUGGUGCCAAAAAGGUUGGGACCACUGGUCUAGAGCAAAGAGGAUAACAGCUCUGCCCCCCGCCAGUGAAUGGCAGAGUCCUGGGAUGUCGGGUUAGUUUCAGCCACACUGUAGCUUUCCGCCCAGGUUUCAGUGCCCAGAACAGCCUCAACCUCAUAUGGUCAACAAGGUCAGAAGAAGUGACAGUGUUGAAAAUGUGAAUAAGUGAGAAAAGGAAGUGGAGAUAAUAAAAUUGAAAGUGGUGAGAGAAUGACCCAUGUUCCCUGUGUGUAUGAGAUGAAUCAUUCAAUAGCAGGAAUGAUUCGGAAGGACCGAGCGGAGAGGCAGGCAGUGUUACUCGUAAGUGGACAGACACUUGUGACUGACAGGUGGGAAGACUGGGGUGUCAGCAACGACCUUGGGACAAGGCAGGGAGUUGGAGAAAAAGCCCAGUGGUUGAUGUGACAGUGCUGCUGGUGGAUGAUUCACUGGGAUGCUGUCCAAAGGAGGGACUGAACUUCCGGUGCGAACAAUUAGCUGCUAAAGCUGUGGUGCUCAGCUCUUGCUGCACUUCGGAAUCACCUGGAGAUCUUUAUAAGCUAGAGACGCCCGGUCCCACCCUCAGAGUUAGAUGGGUCUGGAGCAUGGGUUGAACGCUGGAAUUUUUUAAAGUCCCCUGGGUGAUUCUGAACUGCACUAAAAGUGUCCCCACAAUGCUUGUAGAGAUCACUAAGGCAGGUCACUUGCCUCAGCACAUCUUAAUAGCAGAAGUCAUUGGUUCUUAAGAGAAAUUUCACGCUCCACUCCCAGAGAUUCUCAGGUGCAGCUAAGGCCCAGGCUUUGGUUGAACCUGAAGGUUGAGCCCUUCAGGUGAUUUUAAAUUGUAGCUAAGCCGGCAAACUACGGAGUAGCUGGUUUUGAAAAAGACGCCCUGUAGAGUGUAUAUUUAGCAUGAAGGAGAAACGUCAGGUUUGUCUUAAAGCUUUAAAGGCUGAUUUAUAUUCCGAUUCAGCUGAAGUACACCUAUGACUGAGUGCUUAAAACCCUCUUAAGUCUUUGGAUCCAUGAACAAAUGGAACUUAAGAAAAGCGUUCGUGACGUCAGCAAGUUUGAGGAACUUCUAAGGCAAGUGUUUAAGAUAGAAGUUCUAAUGAAUGGAAGAAAACAUUUUGUUGAAAAAAGGUACAGCGAAUUUCAUGCCCUGCACAAAAAGGCUGUCAUUCUGGAAAAUGAAGAACUUCCCAAGCUGUUUCUCGAUUUCCUAAAUGUGCGACAUUUGCCCUCUCUACCAAAGACAGAGAGUUAUGGAUCUUUUGAUGAGACAGAAUCUGAAGAGUCAAGCAAACUGUCCCACCAGCCGGUGCUGCUGUUCCUCAGGGAUCCAUACGUCUUGCCUGCAGCCAGCGAUUUUCCAAAUGUGGUUAUUGAAGGAGUUCUCCAUGGGAUAUUUUACCCUCAUCUACAGCCCAGAAUCUACUAUGAAAUAAAUGAAGAUUUAACUCUCCUAGUAUUGCAUUCAUUCUGGCUGUGGUAACAGAAAUAGCAUAGACUGGAUGGCUUAUAAACAACAAAUAUUUAUUUCUCUCAGUUCUGAACUCAGGGAAGUACAAGAUCAGGGCACAUGUGGUAUCUAGUAAGGGGCUCUGUUUUCCCUGUGUAGUUACAUGGUGGGGAAUUUACCAGGGAUCUCUCUGGGGCCUCUUUCACAAGGGCACUAAUCCCUAAUCACCUCCCAAAGGCCCCACCUCCAAACACCAUCACUUAGGGAAUUUAAUUUCAGCAUAUAAAUUUGGGGGUGUGGAUGUGGACCCAAACAUUCAGUCUAUAGCAGGAUUCUUUGAAGAAGCAGAGAGGAUGACAGACAAGUUUGUAGUGGUCUCAAUUGAUACCAUAUAAUGAAUAUAUUCAUUUAUUCAUCCAUUCUUUAAAUGAAAUUACAGCAUGGUGUUAGUUAUCUAAAGAACAGAGAGACAUAAUCCUUGUUUUCCAGAAUUUUUAGCCAUUUAUGAGGGAGUAUCUUUCCAUUUAACUGAACUGGAUAUAAGGUUCAGUGAUUCAAACAAUCUUCUCCAGUCUUUUUAACUCAGCUUUGAAAUGAUCACUUUUCAUCUCGGCUUUGUUUCAGUUUUCAUCCUUGAUGAUAAUGAUAGAUUUCUAAUUCAGCAGCAGAAACCCAGGAAAGUAACAGACAGUAACUCAAAACAGAAAAUUCUACAACAUUUAUGUUUUCUGUCCAUGAAGAUGCAGAGUGACCGUCUGGAUUCUGAGGGUGAAGAGGUGUUUAUUUUUGUGUAGGAGGGAGGAGGGCAUAUUGAAAUGUUAAGUCUUUGGAAUACAUGUAAUUGACUAAAGAAAAAUGUUGUUUUAUAUUCUCAGAGUAUAAUUGCAAGUCUGACCUAUAAGAUGUGAAACAUUUUCAGUCUUCUUUUACUUGAACAUCAGCCAUGGUGCCAUCAACAGUGUCUCCAGCUCUGAUCAUCUCUUCCCUUAGAUGCUCUUAUUUACGGAGCACGUCUGGGUGUCACCUGUUAUGAUACUAAGGCUUUCCAUACUUGAUCUCAUUAUAACUUGACACAGCUUUUACAAGAUUUUAUAGAAGAAGAAAUUGAAGAUCAGAGAGAUUAGUAAGUAACUAACACGAUAAAGCACUAAUCUGGGCUAAGUUCUGUCCAUGGAUUAUCCCAUAAAAGCCUUCCAGCA